AUUCUGUCAUUUCUACAGUGCCCAAUGUUUACAAUUUUCUGUGUUGGCAAGCAAAAAGUUACAACUAAUAUUCGAAAAAUAUCGCAAAAAUUCCUGUACGAACAGUUUUCUCUGCUGUACUCCCUCAAUUAUGAGCAGCAGACCGACAAUAUCCUGCGUGAGGUGGAUGGACUUCAGUGAUCACAUGGUAAGCAUCUUUCUGGAUGUGUACGCGAAUGAGCUCUACUCGGAUGUCACCCUCGUCUCAUCGGACGGAGCGGAACAACUGAGGGCCAGCCGGAUGGUCCUAUCCAUGGCUUCCAAGUUUUUCGAGGACAUUUUCCGGACCGCUCUCAGCACGGUACCAAGCCACCACAUUCAGGGAGGAGGCCGAGCGGACACUAUACCGGAUGUGGUCCUGGUGGUUCCCGAUGUUAGUUUUACGGUCCUGAAGAACGUCCUGCAUUUUAUCUACACCGGAGAGGUUCACAUGAAUGCCCGGGAAAUGUCGGAUUUUUUCGAAGCCUGCCAGUUGUUCCAGCUGAAGGGACUCGAGUACACCAAUGGCAAUAUUAAUGGAGUGAAGAUCGCUGGAUCGAACAUUAUCACACCGGAUCAGUACGAGUAUGAGGUUUUGCAAGACACGUCGUUCGGAGAGGAAGGCGCCACGGAAUCCAGAAGUGGGGACAUGGAGCAGACGAUCGGGACGGAGAUGCAUGACGAGGAGGUGUUUCAUGUGGAGGAAGAAAUGCAGAAGCAUGGCAGUGAGACGGAAGCAAUCAAUCAGUAUUACGAGAUGGACGUAAGUAUAGUGGAUCUAGAUUCGGCGAACAGCAACCAGGAAAGCAACGAUCUUAUGGUAACAAAAGAGGAUUUGACCGCAGCAGGAAAUCAAUCGAACCUUUCGGACGCGGAAACAAGUGGCGAAUCUUCCGGGUUGUUCAAAAAACGGUUGAAGAAUGUCGAAUACGGGGAUAAGCUGGACGAGGCCAUCAAUACGAUAAUCCAUGGAGGAGCCAGUUUCCGGACAGCAUCCAUACAGUACGGAAUUCCAAAAACGGUUCUUUGGAGAAAAGCAGUCAAAGCGCCAAACUACAAGGCAGAUCGAUUCGAGCUACCAUCGCCGCGGAAGGAAGCUAUCGAAGCGUUGAAGGCAGGGGAAAAACUUUUGAACAUCAGUAAGCGAUUUGAUAUACCACUGUCGACGCUACAUCGGGAUAAGAUCAAGCUGUACAGCGAAGGCGCUCUUCCGGAAAAUGUCAUACUGAAACAGAGGGACAAGGGCUCGGAUUUCAAGGACCGCGUUCUGGUUGCGGCUCAGCAGUGUUUGUCCGGGGUAAUGUCCCAAUCGGAAGCUUCCAAGUUUUACGGACUACCAAAGACCACCAUCUGGAGGAAGAUUAAAGCACUGAGGGCGAGCGAUGGUGGCCACCAAAUGGAUGCCAGUGGCAGUUCGGAGAUUGGAGCGGACAUGAUGAUGAACGUGAAGCCGGAACUGGUGGAAGGGCUGGAAAGUCCUGACGAUGACACGAUGGAACAGGAAGAACAGCUUGAGCCAGAUUUCGUGGUUUUGGUAUAGUAUGGACAAUAUAAUGAAUAGUUUCGGAAAAA